AUGUUAACGAGAAACUGGCGUCACCUACGAUCAUCGUCGAUAAACGAAUGUUUUAAGGGUUCGAUUUCAGAACAAUUAGAAAAUAAACUUGCCAGGAUGACUGUCAAAAUUCCAUUGAUACCACGAGAAGCAUCCAGUUAUAAAUUUCAAGAUUUGCUUGUAUCAUGUACAGAAGAUGAUGAACAUUGUGAUAUCAAUCCUGUUUUAGAAUUAUCGUGGUCAACAUUCAACUGUAAAUGA